AUGUCUUCAGAAAAGCUGGUAGAGAUAGAAAAGAGUUUUCAAAGGGCCCUGGAACUUAAGACGAUGGUUGACAGGUGGCGAAAUUCACACACUCACUGUCUGUGGCAGAUGACAUUGAGCCAGAGGAGAAACCCUUAUGCUACCCUAAGGAUUCAGGAUUUCAUGGUACAGGAGUUGGCACUGGCCAACAAGCAACUACUGAUGGUCCGUCAGGCCGCCCUGCACCAGCUGUUUGAGAAGGAGCAUCAGCAGUACCUGCAGGAACUGAAUCAGAUGGGCAAAGCUUUCUACAUGGAGAGACUCUGA